GCUUUCGUGUCCCUUUUUGCAUACGCAAUUCAGAGGGGAGAGAGAGAGAGAGCUCCCCAAACCUGCAACAACCCACCAGUCAUUCUCGCGACGACUCCAGACCCAACCACCAGCAGCCCUCAUCUUCUCCAAUUCGCUGGCUGUGGCGCCAGACUAUAUAUUGUGACGAUGCCGCCCAAGAAGCCUGCUUCUGCCGCCGCCACUGCUUCUGCUUCUGCAGCUAGCACGACUGCUUCAACACCUACGUCUGCAGCAGCUCCUACUGCACCUCCUACCACCGGCAGUUCAGGGAAGGAGAAGUGGCUCUACACCGACCUUUACAACACUUACAGAGACAAUACACCGCAGCGCACAAAGCUCGUUGACUUAUUCAUGAUCUUCCUCGUUAUUGUGGGCGCCUUGCAGUUUGUGUACUGCUUUGUCGGAGGCAAUUAUCCGUUCAAUGCUUUCCUCUCAGGCUUCUCAGCUACCGUCGGCCAAUUCGUCCUCACUGCAUCCCUGCGCGUCCAGACUGCCGAAUCGAAUAAGGACCAAUUCCCAUCUGUGUCACCAGAGAGAGCUUUUGCCGAUUAUGUCGUCGGCAGCUUGAUCCUGCACUUCUUCUGCGUCAACUUCAUAAACUAGGCGAGCAAGGGGUAUGUGGAGGGAUCGAGAUUUCCUAGGAGGAGAGGCAAAAGGCGCCCAGUCUGUGUAUUUAGGAAGAAAAAAGGAAUUCACGGCAAAAUAGAGCCGGUACAAGGUAGCAAAAAGGCGUUCUCAGCCCCGGUGGUAUAUUGACGUAAAAUCUAUGCCCUCUCCAAUGUGA